AUGAAGAGCCUGCUUUUGACUGUUACAUUGUUCGUCCUGGUGACCAUUCUACAUGCCCAGGAUGACCUGCCUUUCCUCUCAGAAGACAAGAACGUCACAGGGAUCUGGUACAGGAAAGUCAUAGUGAAUGACCGGAACAUCACAGAGCGGAAGAGCCACGUGGAAGAAUUCCCUUUUGUGGUGAGAGCCUUGGAAGAAGGAAACAUGGAGGUUAUGGUCUUUUUCAUGUUUAAUGAGGAGUGCGGCCAGGUUGGAUUCGUGCUGGAGAAAACAAAGAAGCCUGGUCAAUACAGUGCCUUUUGGGGUGCGAAUCUCAUGUACAUCUAUGAACUGCCAGUGAUGGACCACUACAUCUUCUACAGUGAAUGCCGUUUGUUUGAGCAGAAACUCUAUGUGGGAGAGCUCAUAGGGAAGGAUCCCACAGAAAACCACGAGGCCUUAGAAGAGUUCAAGAAGUUCGCACAACGGAAAGGCUUCCCACCAGAAAACAUCAUUGUGCCUGAGCAGAGAGGUGAGCAGGUGACUUUAGAGAUCACAGACUAG